CCGACUAGGACUCUAUGAGUGCCUAAUUGGAAGCCUACAUUUAAAAACUGUGAUUUCGAUUUUCGUGGUGACUAAACACAACGGGAGCUAAAGCUGCUAAACCAAUCCAGUAGAAACUAACUGUUAACAAAACCCUAUUUCCCCUCGAAAACCCUCUCUUUUCAAAUUAGGGUUCGAAUUUUGAAACCAAACCAUGGCUCGAAACGAAGAGAAAGCUCAGUCCAUGCUCAAUCGAUUCAUCACGUUAAAAGCCGAAGAAAAGAAGAAACCAAAAGAACGACGUCCUUAUUUGGCCUCGGAGUGCCGUGAUCUCGCCGAGGCCGACAAAUGGCGCCAGCAAAUCAUGCGAGAAAUCGGCCGCAAAGUCGCCGAGAUUCAAAACGAAGGCCUCGGAGAGCACCGGCUCCGCGACCUCAACGACGAGAUCAACAAACUUAUUCGCGAGAAAUCGCACUGGGAGCGGCGAAUUGUCGAACUUGGUGGGCCUAAUUACACUAAACAUUCCGCGAAAAUGACGGAUUUAGACGGAAAUAUUGUUGAUGUUCCAAACCCUAGCGGGCGUGGGCCCGGGUAUCGGUACUUUGGGGCGGCGAAGAAGUUGCCGGGUGUCAGGGAGUUGUUUGAGAAGCCGCCUGAGUUGAGGAAGAGAAGAACUCGAUAUGAUAUUUAUAAGAGGAUUGAUGCGAGUUACUAUGGGUAUAGAGAUGAUGAGGAUGGGGUUUUGGAGAGAGUGGAGGCGCCUGCGGAGGUGAAAAUGAGGGCGGAGGUGGAGGAGGAGUGGCGAAGGAUGGAGGAGAUAAGGAGGGAGGCAAAGAAGGCAGUGAAGAGUGGGGAAGUGGUGAGUGUUGGGGUUUUGAAGGAUCUAUUGUUUGAGGAGGAAGAGGAUGUGGUGGAGGAGGAGAGGAGGGAGAUUGAAAGGGAAAAAAUUGAGAAGGAGAGGGAGUUUGUGGUGCAUGUGCCAUUGCCUGAUGAGAAGGAGAUUGAGAAGAUGGUGGUUGAGAGGAAGAAGAUGGAGUUGUUGAAGAAGUAUGCAACCGAAGACUUGGUGCAAGAGCAGAAUGAGGCAAAAGCGCUGCUUAAUAUUCAACGCUAGAUAACAAGAAUGACAAUGAUGAUUGUAAGA